AUGGCCGCCAUGUUCCGCAACUUCUCCUUCGACCCGGUCUCGCCUCCAGCUUAUUCCGUCUACGAGGCCGAGCGGGCUGCCAUGAAUGUCUCGCCCACGUCAAGGCCUACCGACCCGCUGCAGCUCUCUUCGAAUCCAUCACCGCCCACCCCGCCGUGCACAAUGGGCGACCUGGCUGUCCAGCUCAACCAGCAGACCCUCUUCAUCGAGCCCAGGGCAAACCACGACGCAGCCCGCCCGAGCACCAAAAGCAAACACUGCGCCUCACCCAUCGACCAGAGGAAGCAGCAGGCGCGCCCGACGUAUUCGCGCGUCGCAACCUCUGUGCUCAGGAUGCAGCGCCAGAGCAGCUCACGCCUGCAGUGCUGCUCGUCGCAUGUGCGGGACAUCUCCAAGCUGGUCAGGAUGAUCGAAGCCGAGGAGCAGUGCACCAUCAACGAGCCGACAUCACAACCAUCAUCUACUACGUCCUCUACCCUGUCCACAUCUGGCGACGACGAGGGCAUCGACAUGGACUACGACGUGCCGGCACGCGCCGUCGAGGCUUUGAUUGGAAUGCCUCAAUGGAGGGCAGGCCAUGACCGCGAUCGCUGCAUCAGGGUCACCAAGCAGGUCCGCAUGCGAAAGCGAUCGAAACCAAACGGCGUCACCAACAAGGCGUCACCAUCAUCCUCAUAAUUCUUUAUAUACUUGGGGGCUUGUUUAUGCAUUGCGACGGUGUUUGGAUUGGUUCUUUUAUCAGUAUUAUUAUUAUUAUCGGGGCGCACUAUACCACACAUUCCUACAGAGGAACGGAGGAUUUGU